AUGGCGACGAAGAACGAGGAGGACAAUGAGGGACGCUCUGCAGAGUUCGUCAUGUAUGACUUGCAGGACGCGUUCUGUCACUUCCCGGUCUGCAGGGAAGAGCUGGCCAACUGUCUGGCCCCUGGCAACAAGGAGAAUCAGGCCAUCCUGUUCAGGGCCCUGCUCUUUGGAUUCAAGUCAGCCCCAUUGCUGAUGGGAAGGUUGAGCGCCGCGGUGGGCCGCUUGUGGCAAGCGUUGAUGUCACCCACGGAGGGCCAACUACAGAUCUAUGUGGAUGACGUCUUGACCCUGAUCAACGGCACAGAGGACGAGAAGGCGAACCUCAUAUCCUUGGGCCUCUACACCAUGAAGGCGUUCGGGGUACAGAUAGCCCUUGGUAAGGGAGAGAGGGGGCAACAGGCCCAGUGGAUCGGCGUCAAGAUGCUUCUCCGGUGGCCUGCAAAACCGCUGGAAGGCUCAAUCACGUAUGCGGCCCCAAAGAAGAUGGUGGAGGAGAUCUUGGACACCUUGAGAUCAUGGGUGAACAAGGGCAUGGUGUCGCACCGCGAGCUGAGAAGCACCACAGGACGUCUGAGCUGGGUGGCAGGCAUUUUGCCAAGGCUACGAUGGUCGGUGUCAGUCCUGUUUGCUGUCCUUCGAGAUGCGGAGGAGGACGAAAAGUCAGGACUGGAAGAGGAGCGGGCGCAGGGCCGUUCUGAUCAGAGGCCAAAAUAUGGCCUGGUGGCAGUGAAGAGGUUUGGGGCGACUCUGAGGUGGCUGAUAGCGAUUCUGUCGAGAGUGGACCGCUUUGCCCUCAGGAGAGAAGAACUUCAGGAGAAGCCGGUGACCAUGGGCAUCCUAUCUGACGCGUCCCCGCUGGGAUUGGGCGCGGUCUUGGUGUCGGUGGACCUCCAAGGGCAGUCCAUCUACAUGGUGGAAGCUUUCGAGGCAAAGUUCACCAAGGCGGAGGCAGAGCUCCUAGGGGUGGACCACGGGGAGUCGUCCAGCCAGGGAGUCCUGGAAGCCCUGGCCAUCUACAGGGCCAUCAAGCUAUGGCGCACCAGGCUCCAAGGAAGGGCGGUGUUCGUGCGCAGUGACAGCGUGGUGGCGUUGGCCAUGGCACGACGGCUAGCGAGCCCCUCACCUGCGAUCAACCACCUCAACGGCGAGCUGGCCAUCAUCUUGGAGCAGCACAACAUAGUGCGCCUGGUGCCCCAACACAUCCCAGGCGUCAUGAACCUGGAGCCGGACUGGCUCUCCAGACCCCAUGACCGAGCCACAGAACCGCCGGCCAGCCUACGGAAAAUCAAGAUCAAGCAGCUGGCGGCAGUGACUUCUGAAGAUUUUGCACUACCACCACCCGGCUCCAAACUCCAGCCGUGGGACGGUUUGCCGCCACACAAUGUGUCGGUCGAGGAACAGUUCCCCGGGGGCAUGCCAAACAACGCACAGAGCCAGAGCGUCUAUGCCAAUAGCCUACUCAGAACGGGGCAUUUUGUCUCGGUCAACAACGAGUUGGCACGACAAAGAAGAGCAAAGGAGGCCUUCAGUCAGCUCACCGGUGACAAGGUCAAGGAAAGAUCCCAAGUCACCACCAUCCUCGGUGUUGCCCAAAAAGGAGAUGGAGGAGUGGCAGCGCCCCCCUCGAGGCAACGGCCAGCCGCCAAGAAGGACGCCAUCGAGCCUCCCCCAGAACCAGUCAGUACUGGGGUUGAUGACGGAAGUGGCCAAGGGAAGCCCAAUAGGAAUGACAAGUCCAGGCAGGGCAUGAAGCAGGCGCUAAAGCUCGCCAGGGCACCUAACGACUUGAAGAAGGCCAAGGAGUGCUUCCGCAGAAAGUUCCUGGCGGCAGGGACACUUUUAGCCAAGAACGCCAAGAGGAGGAAAAUAACUGACCUCUUGAAUGCGGCAUGCGACGGAGAACACUUCCCGCUUCAUCAGGAGUCUAUUCUGGCGGUGGCGACGGCUCUGGAUGAGGCAAAACUUCAAUCAGGAGAUCAAUAUAUCCAUGAACUCAAGCUGAUGCACAUCGAAGCAGGCCACGACUGGAGCGCGCCGCUAGAGAGGCAGUUGUUCCUGUGCAAGAAGGCGCUGAAGAGGCACCGGGGGCCGGAAGUCCGUGCAAAAGAACUUCAAAUCUCCGACCUGGACGCCAACACGUGGGAGGAGAAGUGCACCAGCAAGGGCGCCUACGUCAGACCGGCAUGGAUGUACGGCAUUGCUGUUGCUUGGAUGCUCAGAGCAUGCGAGGUCACGGAACUGAGAAUGGGUGACCUAGACGUGUCCUUCGACGACAAGAAGGUGGGCCUGAAAAUCCGGAAGUCGAAGACGGACCAGGCGGCGAAGGGAGUCUUGAGGACCCUCUCUUGCUGCAAGAGACAAAGCUGCACCAGGGAAUGUCCUUGGGCCCUAGCAGUCAGAGUGCUGGCGGACCGCCCAAACGGGAAACCCGGCGACUACCUGUUCGGCACUACGUCAGGGGCAAAACGAGGGCGAGCCCACACAGCCAAAUGCUGGGCCAGAGCUCUUCACAAGGACCUGACGGGUCACUCGGCGAGGAGAUCGGGGGCCAUGUUCUACACCCGGAAGGGCAUGGACAUUCAAGACAUCUCCUUCUUGGGGAGAUGGAGAAGUUCUGCGGUGUUCAGGUACAUGGAGGAGGCCAUGCAAGAGAGGCCGAUGAAUUCGAGGAUCAUGGAGAUGCCGGAGGAAGAGGUCAAGGCUUCAGUGGUCAACCAUGCACAGUCCCUAGAAAGAUGGACCGAGAAGUUGGUCGAGACGGAGGAAAAGGCGCCACAGACGCCCGCCCCGAGGACACCAGCGCCAGGAACUCCGAUGCCGGGGGUGGGGCCAGCGCCGGGUACUCCGAUGCCGGUGGUGGUGCCAAGUGAUCCUGAGGAUCUGGCUUUGUGGGCGACCUCAUGGACCAGGACGAAGAAGAAGGUCACCCACUUCGUGCUGAAGGCCUCGUGGCAAGUGGACCUCAACGAAUGGGCCACGGCUUGUGGGUGGCACUUCGCCCAGAGGUCAGUAAAAGUUUCUCUCUCCAAGUCCCCGCCAGCAAAGGCACACCGAUGCUUGAAAUGCGAGAGGGUUAGGGAGCUGCGCGACAAGGUCCCUGGAGGUGCUGUUCUGGCGCAGCUGGUCGCUAAAGAUUUGGAGACUGUUGUUGCCGGAGACAAAGCCUUUGGUGAAGGGAUCGAACAGAUCCAAUAG